AUGGGUUCGGAUGAGAAUCACGCCGGAACGCCGGCGUCCAGUCAGAAGUCCAAGGCCGAACAACUCGCGCGCAUCCGCCGCAACCAACAACGCUGCAGAGAGCGGAAACGCACGCACGUCGCCGAACUCGAAAGCCAAGUCGAAGCUCUGCGAGCGAAAAUCCGGCAAUGCGAGCCCUGCGGAUCGCCGGACCUGCCCGAGCAGGAGAGCGCGCUCGACACGGCGCUGAGGGAGAAUGCGGCGCGCCGGGAUCUGCUUUCCGCGCUGGGGUUUGACGAUGAGACGCAGCUGCGCUUCAUUGAGUCGGCUGCGAAGCGGCAGGCGGUGUAUACUAUUCUUCGGGAGGAGAGGGAUGGUACGACUCCGUUUUCGAGUCUGGAAGUGGCUGAUGGUGGGGGGAAUCGGCAGGUGGAUGUGUUGGAUCCUGCUGUAGCGAACUGGUUCAUGUCUGCCGAGACACUCGACAAAUUACCGCCAGCUUUGAUGGACCCCUCUAGUGACAUCGCAUGGCUUACGGAAUCCUACAACAAUUACGCAAACCUGCCGCAAGGGCUCAACAACGUUGUCGAGCCGACAGACUCUAUGCUGGCGCUUGGAGCUGUGCCGGAGCCGUCCCUGGCUAACGGUAGUAAUGGCUUGCACUGGGAUUCCACAACAACAUCCACCAACGAUUACGAAUCUGGAGCUGGCCAGUCCGUCGAACGCUGCUUCAUGGAUACUGUCGUGCAAUUUCAACCUGGCGAGUCUUCCACUGUCUGCUCCAAAGCGCUUGCGCUGGUCUUUCGAUAUAACCGCAAAGGUCUUUCCAUGGCAGCGUUGCAAUCACAGCUGAAGGCGGGCAUGAGAGCACCAUGUGGCACGUCUGGAGAGUGUCGCGUGGAGAACAGCGUGCUGUUCAGAGUCUUGGCCAACAUAUCUACGUGA